AUGAAGAAUAGAUCAUCAUGCAAUAUCGUUGUUCUUUCAUAUUAUCUCCAGGCAACACUUGCCUUGCUGGUAGGAUUGGUGAUGUUGCAGGCUGCAUUAGGCAGUGCAGCAAAGCCUCCGGCGAUUUUCAUACUGGGUGACUCCACCGUAGACGUUGGUACUAAUUCUUACUUGCAAGAAAGCAGGGCCAGAGCCGACUUUCCUCAUUACGGCAUUGACUUCCCUCGCUCGAGGCCAACUGGGAGGUUUAGCAAUGGCUUGAAUGGUGCUGAUUUUCUAGCCAGGUUAAUGGGAUAUAACAGCAGCCCACGACCCUUUCUCAGUCUUGGUAGCCCUUUGCUUUCUUAUCUCAGAAACCACGCCUUCAGAGGCGCAAACUUUGCUUCUGCGGGUUCUGGCCUGCUUGACCUCACUGGUUCAGCAUUGGGAGUUGUGCCAUUAUCAGAGCAGAUUAAGCAAUUUGCCACGCUCCAAGGUAAUCUUUCUGCUGUUAGGGGUUCAGGGGCAACGGAAGCAAUGCUACAAAAAUCUUUGUUUUGCAUCAGUAUUGGAAGCAAUGACCUCUUUGACUAUGUUGUUUCCAAUAGCAGCACGACUCCACAAGAGUUUAUUUACCUCCUCAUGAAAGAAUACGAGAACUCUAUCAAAACUUUAUACAGCCUUGGAGCACGGAAAUUUGGCAUCAUAAGUGUGCCGCCAAUCGGUUGCUGCCCAACCAUUAGACUUCUGGAUGCUGAAGGAAAAUGCUCCGAGGCCUUGAAUGGAUUGGCAAGAGCUUUUUAUUCAGCACUUGAGACCCUAUUGUACGGCAUUGGCUCUGAGCUUGAGGACAUGAAAUACUCACUUGGAAAUGCUUACUUAAUGACCAUCAAUGUCAUCGACAAUCCACAGCCCUUCCAUUUCACGAGGGUGGACACUGCGUGCUGCGGAUUUGGCAAGUUGAACGCAGAACAGGCUUGUAAUGCAACUGCAAAUCUUUGCUCAAAGCGUAAGGAGUACUUGUUCUGGGAUCAAUUCCACCCGACUCAAGCUGCUGCUAACCUGGCAGCUAAUACGCUCUAUGCUGGUCCACCUCUCUACGUAUCGCCUAUUAACUUCGCUCAGCUGGUUCAACUGUGAAGAUGAUUAUAGCAUGGAACAAUCCUCAUUCACCAUUGCCCUGCCCUUAUUCACAAACUUCGCCAUCAUGUGACCUGACAGGAGAUUAUAAGCUCUUCUGAAGGAUUUGUGAUUUUGCAUCUGUAGUGCUUCGUAAUUGGUAUGCUUCUGCAAAACUAAUAAACUUGAUGCUAAUUUUUGCCUUUUUUGUUCCCAUGACUUUCGUGUUUUCCUUGUAGAAGAGAUUUCUCUCCGUUCAUUUCUGAUUUCUCGGUUUGCCUCGUGUUAAAUUGUUACCAUAUCAUCCACUAUUCCCGGCGCGCUUGUUAACAAGAUACAAAGCGAGUCGCAAAGUCUUGUAAUUGGAAUCCAAGAAACAUAUAGAUUGUUUUACCAUUCGCUCUUUACAGGUGAUGGUUCUGUUUCCUGCAGAGUGGGAUGUUACAAAACCAAUAAGCACCACGGAUACAUAUACUAGUAGUACUUACCACCUAG